CAACCAAACCGAUAGUUAACGCAAAGCCAUCAGCAUCCACAAUCAUUAUAUUCGACAUUUGUGAUGAAAGAAAACAGUAGUUUCUGUGGUAAAAAAGUGAAAGAAUAAACAAUAGACUGCGACAGAGAAAUUGUUAAUUAAUUUUAAUUGAUGCGUAUACUGCUGGUAUUUAACGAUGAACAAAAAUUUCGAAAUAUUCCAUCAGGGAUAUCUUAUUAAGUCGCCGCCAACCAAAUUCUGGAGAGCUCGAUGGCGUCGUCGUUGGUUCAUUCUUCGUCAGGGUGAAAUACCAGGCCAAUUUCAUCUGGAGUACUACACUGAUCGAAAUUGUCGUAAAUUGAAAGGAAUGAUUGAUUUGGAUCAAUGUGAACAAGUCGAUUCUGGUCUACGGCUCGAGCAUAGAAAACAGAAAUUCCAGAAUAUGUUCGAUGUUAAAACACCGAGACGUACAUACUACUUAGCUGCUGAUUCCGAAGCCGACAUGAACGAUUGGGUGGCAUGCAUAUGCCAAGUGUGCAAUUUACAAGAUUUAUCGAACAAAGGAACGAACAGUGAUACCAACCGGCAAUAUUACAAUGUGGGAAGCGAGGCAGAAUUGAACAAACCGACAGAUCAACGCACAGUCAUAUCGUCGCAGCCGAAUGUCUCGUCCCAUUCAAAUAAUCGAAGUGAUCAAUCAUACGACAGUUCAUCGAAAUCCAAUUCAAUGUACUCGAAUCGCGAGACUAUGCUUUGCGAUGUCCCAUUAUCAGCUGGUGCAUCUCAUCAAAACAAUGACAGUGUAAACUACUACAAUUUUGCAGCCAUCGAAAAUGAAAUUACACGAAUUCAAGCGGUCGAGCGAUCCCAAUCGGUUCGUAUUCCCAGCACACCCAGUGAACAAUCAAAUGGUUUUCCUUCUCACACAAGAGCUCAUUCUCUCGUUGAAAUGAAGCCAACAAUUGGGAAUGCGAGAAAAAUUCCAGAAAAUCUUAAACUAUCUGAGUGUCAUGUGCUGGACAAUUCGGAACCGUCUCCAGCAUUGAGUACAAGCUCUGGGCCGUACAUUCCGAUUAGUGAAUGUUUUUCGGGCAGUCCGGGAAUGUUUGACAUGAGCAAUCCGGCUACUCCACUAAAUUCUUUGGAUCCGAAAUUCUAUGAUACUCCUCGAAGCCAUAUCAAUAUUGGACUGAAUUUAACCAACGAUCAGCCAUAUUCACCGAAAAGGAACAAUUGUCCACCGUCGCAGCCUCGACCAAGAAGUGGACGAUCGAGUCCUACAGACUCUGAAUCCGUGUUCACGGACGACGAAGAUUGGACGACACAUCAAUCACCACAUGGUCCAUUAGAUCGCAGUCUUCGACCAUCGGAUAGUUCCAUUGAAAAUGAUUCCAUUGUCAUCACAUACACACAUCGCUUUUCUAGAUUACCAAACGACGAAAAAACGACCGACAAUGAUCAUGUUGUUGAGAAGCGUAAAAAAUCAGUUCCGUCUCGACCUCCGAAACGUAUAAGCAAAUUGCUGCUUGAAGGAGUUGAGGAACGGAAUAAAGAGAUUCAUUCGUCAGACACGGAAAAUGCGUCGCCGGCUAUUGGACCAAAAGAUAUUAGCUGUUGUGUAGAAGACAGUUAUGACAUUCCUCGAUCACAUCAGAUGCCUUACUAUAAUUUAAAUGAAAAUAAUUCAAUUUCUCCGACAUUGCUCGAUCGCGACCAAAUAACAUCAUCAACGCCGAAUCUAACUACGGAAAUGGCUACAUCGAAAAUUCCAAACAGAUCUCAUUUCUAUUCGAAUGCCGCGCCAUCCAAGGUGGAUAGCAAUGUUUUCUGUUAUGAUUUCGUUGAUCAGGAAAACGCCCCGGUUGUGAAUAGAGGUCUGAAACCAAAGCCAGUUGAAAAUAAACCAGCCGAUAGUAAAGAGCAACCGGAUCAAUCAGCAAAGCGCAUAUCAACAUCCUCAUUUCAUUUAGAAUUGAGACCACCACCUUGCGACCGGAAAUUGAAGCCGAGCACUCCGAAGUUCGACACCCACUCACUACGCCGAAAAGGUGGUCCAAUGUCGCUAUCAACAGAUACCGGCAUAUAUUCGAAUCAUUCAGAAAGCCUUUCGAAAACUCUUCCUCGAAACUAUAACAAUUCAUCAGCAUCAUCGUCGCUUACACUUACAAAACAAAUGAUUCCACAGCCGCAGCAACAAUCUCAAGCAAAACCAGUCGGCCAUUUAGAGUAUUUUGACUUAGAUCAUUCGAACCCUCCAUCCAUUUGCACCACAAACAGUUCAAAAGCGAAUUCAACAAGCACAUCGAAUUUAUCCUUGGCAAACCGAAGCAAUCCAACGUUUGCUAAGGCAGUGCAACCGGAUCCGAGUGGAGUCGUUUAUAAAUGCGUUGAUUUUGUUAAAACAGAAGCCAUUAAACGGACAAGACAGGAUACUGAAAAGAAUCGCAAUGAAAAGAAAACAUCAAACAAAGAUUAGACAAGGGCACCGAAGCCGCAGCGUGCAAUGAGU